AUGAAUAACAAUGAUGAUUUGACUUUGUUACAAACUAAUAAUCAUUUAAAAAGAAAAAUUAGUAGACCAAGAAAACCAAUUUGGCAACAUUUUACUGAAAUUGGAAGCUCUAACAAUAAUAACAAUAAUAAAUGA